CAGAAAAUACAGUACUUUCAACUUAAAUCUCUUAAUACAUACACACAUACAUAUGUUCUCUCAAAACGUUCAAAACACUAUUAGACCAUUUCAAAAAUUCAAAUAGUUAAACACAAUUGAGAUUGAUUUAAUCCUCACUACCACGUAGACAUAUGGUUAAAAUCUUUUCACUGCAUACGUAGAAUCUCGGGCUCGUGAUCGUAUUGAUGUGUAGGCACAAUGAAAUGGUGUAGAACAAAUAGAGAGAGAGAGAGAGAGAGAGAAAAGAAAAAGAAAGAAAGAAAGAAAGAAGAAAGAGAGAGAAAUGAGGAACGCCCAAUCCUGAUCUGAGAAAGAAGAAGCUGUGGUUGAUUGUGGGUUCGCUUUCAUUAUCCCAAGAGAAAAAAGAGUUUAAAAUGGGAAUAGAUCAGAAAUAUACCAAUUUGAAUAUAUAAUUUAUAAAGGCAACGGAUACAAAGGCAUAGUGCACAAUGUCGACGGCUUCCAUUAACACCUGCCUUUUCUCUCUCACCAAAUCUUCUUCUUCUUCUUCUUCUUCUUCUCCUUCUCCUAACAUCAUUCGUUCUUCUGCUAUUUCUGCAAGGCUUUCCAAUAAUAACAACACUCCUUCUCCUUCUUUCCCCAAUCUCAUCCAAAACAGACCUGUUUUUGCUGCCCCUUCCCCUAUUAUCACCCCCACCUGGAGAGAAGAUAUGGGGAAUGGUUCAUAUGAGGAAGCCAUUGAAGCUUUGGAGAAGCUCCUCAGAGAGAAGGGAGAUCUGAAGGCAACAGCAACAUCAAAAGUGGAACAAAUAACAGCAGAAUUAAAAACUGUAGAUGGAGAAAAGCCAGCCUUUGAUCCUGUUGAGAGAAUCAAAACUGGUUUCAUUCACUUCAAGAAGGAGAAAUAUGACAAGAACCCAGAGUUGUAUGGUGAACUUGCAAAAGGCCAAAGCCCCAAGUUCAUGGUAUUUGCUUGCUCUGAUUCAAGAGUGUGCCCAUCACAUGUUCUUGAUUUCCAACCUGGGGAGGCUUUUGUGGUCAGAAAUGUUGCCAAUUUGGUUCCUCCAUAUGAUCAGGACAAAUACUCAGGAACUGGAUCUGCCAUUGAAUAUGCUGUUCUUCAUCUCAAGGUGCAAUACAUUGUUGUGAUUGGUCACAGUGCUUGUGGUGGUAUUAAGGGGCUUAUGACUUUCCCAUAUGAUGGAAAGUACUCAACUGAUUUCAUUGAAGAAUGGGUGAAAGUCGGUUUGCCUGCUAAGGCCAAGGUCAAUUCAGCCCAUGGUGGUGCAGAACUUGGGGAACUUUGUACACACUGUGAAAAGGAAGCAGUUGCUGUAUCACUUGGGAAUCUGCUAACCUAUCCAUUUGUUAGGGAUGGUUUGGUGAAUGGAACUCUUGGACUUAAGGGUGGUCACUACGACUUCAUUAACGGAACUUUCGAGCUCUGGGGACUCGAAUUCAACGUUACUAAGCCUUUGUCUGUAAAGGAUGUGGCCACCAUUCUGCACUGGAAGCUCUAGGGGCAUGUUAAGAAGUCAAUCCUGUAAAGAUGAGACUUCUUUCUAAUAACACACUCUUUGGUUAUGUUGAAAUAAGGCUGUCUUUUUUAUCCUGAGGAUUGAAUCUACCCUUCAAUUUGAUUGAAACCCAUUUCAGAUUCACCA